AGCAGUUUUUCGCUACUUAUCAACCGUGACGAUGGUUGCGCACAGCAUCAGCAUCUCAUCUGCGCAGCUGCAGCCCUUGUUCAUAUGCAGGAUUUCUUAGCCGAGGUCUGCACACGAGCCAAAACUUGUCACGGAUCUCGAGGACGAGAAGAAAAAACAUUGCCUUCCUCUCAAAUCGUAGAUCGCGCGACGCAAGAGACGGAACCUGAUCGGUCCGGCAAGGUCACGAUCUGUAGGCCGGCAGAUAGAAUCUCGAGGAUUCUGGGAGCCAGCAAACAUACUCAGACCGCUCUGCGCCAAAAGAGAAUACGCAGAAACAUGGACCAACAGCAGUCUGUGGAUUAUUUCAAAUCCAUCCCUUGGUGCGCUGCGUUGUUAUCCCAACCUGGAACCGUCUUGUUCCCUCCAUCGCACCAUGACAAUGCAACCCCUCCGUCAAGCGGGCAUUUGCCCUCUCAGGACAAAUUCAUGCGUUCUGUCGCCAAUGGUCCCGACGCUGUGCCGCACUGCGUAGGUUUCUACCGGGAGUCCGACGUCGUGAAGCCUACGACUUCGUCCUUGGUCGCUCCGAACUCGAGGUUCCUGAUCACGGAGUCGACCUUGCUGUUUGCUCUCGGAGAGGGAAUGACAGGCUUCUCCGGCAACAUGCACGGCGGUCUUGCCGGCGUGCUUGUCGACGAAGGAAUGGGAAAUCUGAUCUAUACUGGAAAUCGCCUAUACCAGCAGCUUAAGGCCACAGGGGCUGCUCUACCGGACGGCAUCCUAGAUUUCGAGGGGUCUAUAACACUGACCGCGGGGAUAAACAUCCGCCUCCGGAAGCCGAUCACUUUGCCCAAUGUUGUGGCCGUGGUGUCAAAGAUUGCGAAAAUUGAAGGGCGGAAGAUAUGGAUUGACGUGACAGUCAAAGGAGAAGACGGAGUGGUCUUUGUGACAGCGCUUGGGGAGUGGAGAGUGUUACCUAGACCAAGCAAGAAACUGUAAUGGAAGCCGAGACGCCAAUUGCAAUGGAUCCAAUCAACAAUGAAAGAAUAUUUCAAUUAUUCUACAGCUCCGCGAGGAGAGC